AUGAAUGUCUUCAAGCUCCCAAGAUGUUUAUGUAAGGAUAUUGAGGCCAUGAUCCGAAAAUUUUGGUGGGGCCAAGGUGAGGCUAGGAAAAUCCAUUGGGUGAAAUGGAGUACCCUAUGCACUUCAAAAUCAGUUGGAGGAAUGGGGUUUAGAGAUUUACAAUUGUUCAAUAAUGCCCUUCUAGCUAUGCAGGUUUGGAGACUUUUUCACCAUAAGGAUUCUUUAGUUUACAAAGUGUUUCAAGCUAAAUUUUUUCCGAGUGGGAAUAUAUUUGAUGUGGUCAUUCCAUCAAGGUGCUCAUAUGCUUGGCGUAGUAUCCUUCAAGCCAGAGAUGUCAUUUUGAAAGGGGCUGUAUGGUGGGUUGGGGAUGGAAGAUCUAUUAAUAUUUGGGAGCAGAGGUGGGUGCCAAAUCUGAGUACUAGCAAGGUCGUCUCAUCGAGAAGCAAUUCACAUGAGGCUGAGGAAAUUAGUAGGAUUCAUGUUAGCCCCUAUUGCCAAAUCGAUGCUUAUGUUUGGCCUCUUACCUUAAAUGGGGAUUACUCUGUUAGAAGUGCUUAUAAAAUGCUAGUUUCGGAGGUUAUGGCGAGUGUACAAGCCUCUUCCUCAACGGACAACUCGGCAAAGGUUUGGAAAGGUGUAUGGCGAAUCCGGACUCCGAAUAAGAUAAGGCACUUCAUGUGGAGGGCAGUCAAAGACUCUUUACCUACUAAAGAAAACCUGCACAAGCACCAGAUUCCCUUGGAUGAGUCUUGUUCUCUCUGUGAGGAGUAUUAG